AGGAAAACGAGAUCAAUCGAUGUGCUUCUGCACUGAUGGCAAGAUCUGGACAAAGCAAGAUAACAGGGAGUGCAAAGCUGAAUCUGAGGUCAAACCUUCUUCAAAAUUCUGAGAUUGGUCUGAGACUGGCUACAUCUGCUUCGGGGGCUCCGCUUCAACUUGAGCUGGCACAGGACUCGUUGACGAACCUCGGAAAUGGAGCCAUUCUCCAGGGCUCCUUGUGUAAAGUGGCAAUGAAGGACUGCCUAAUUUCACAUUGCAAGAGAAUCGGACUGCAUGCAUUAAGGGAAGCGAGCGUCAAGCUUCUGCAAUGUCGGAUCUCUGAUAAUGGACGGGGCGUUGUGAUUGCUUCUAGAAGCGCUGCGCAGAUCCACGGCUGCUCUUUUGAGAGAAAUAUUGGUUGGGCCAUCCGCUUUGAAGCUGAAGGACCUGAACAGGCACAGGCAGAACCAUCAGAACAGGAUCUUGGAGCAUCGAGGGCACUGAAUGCAUUGAGAUCAGAUGUGACUUUCAAUGAGUUUGGGGCUCCCUCCAAAGGGAAUGCUGGUCGGAAGCGAGUUCGAGUGGAUACAAGGAAUGCCUAUGUACUCUGCCUCGGAAAUCGAGAGCCAGGAGAUGGUGGACAGAUGGUGGAGCCUCAGGUGAAAUGCCAGAAGACUUAGCGCUCCGUCCAGUUGAUCGUGAUUGGCGUUCGCAAAGAAGAUGACGCAUGCUUGGAAGUGAGAUUGACAAGAAGUAGAUCAUCCAGGUUGCAGGUUGCAAUUUGCGUCAUUUGUACAGACCUUUGCUGCCUUCGCGAGAUCACUUUGACACCAGUGAUUAAAUCAUGCCAGAGUGCUGAUGGAGUGCUGAUCCACUGAAUGAAUCAGAU